AUGUGCAUAAAUAUACAUAAAGGGAGUCCAGACCAGCAAAGGAGAAGAGACCAUAAAGUAGUCAAGCAGCGGCCUUGGGGUAAAUGGGCUGCCGAAAUCCGUGAUCCCAAUAAGGCUGCAAGAGUCUGGCUUGGAACCUUUGACACUGCAGAGGCUGCUGCUCAUGCUUAUGAUGAAGCAGCGCUAAGAUUUAAAGUAGUUUCUGAGUCGACUACUCAAACGUAUCGGCCUCUUUCUCAAGAAAACCGCUUCAAUGUCCAGAAUUAUGCAGAAUUUCUCCGUAGAGGAGAUGACAUACUGCCAACUCAACAACAUCACCACCAGCAACAAGAGAUUAAUCCCAGAGACAUGAUAAACCAUAACAACUUCCCAUUUAUUUUAGAUGUCCUAUCACAAUUCAUCACAACUAAAUCAGAUUAUGAUUGA